UGCCGAUGGCACAUGCAAGUGAACGUCAAAGGAAGGCAUCAAACAGAGGCAGACCGGGAGAUGAUGUCGUGGAGCGCGCACAAGACGGACGGGAGUCAUGAGGUUUGAUGUCGACGGAGAAGAUUGGUGUUGUUAAAAGGAGGAAGGUGGGAAGAGUUUGGAGAAGUGGAAGGAAAGGGGGAGCGUAACAGACACAGCACCCCUUCCUCACUUCGUUCUUUCCUCAGCAACUCAAGUUGCCAUCACCAAAGCGCUCAUCCAUCACUCUUUCCUCAUUGACCCAAUACCGGUCGAAACGCCAUCAUGUCUUCCUAUUGGGAACGAAAGGCCCAAGCGUACACUUCCCAAGGUAACAAAGGGAAUUAUUACAACAACAAUUCCGGCAAACGAGCUUCCUCCACGCCGGCCACACCACCACCGCCGCUCGGACCACUCAUCAAAUCCAUUCGUGUUAGCGACCUCGACGAUGCUUCCACCCAGUACCAACACUCGGCCACCAUCGACGGCUGUGAGGCUGUUGCUUCCUUCAACUGGCUAGGCACCAACUUAUCUGAGCCUGCUAUCUUGAUUCCUGCCCCUCAGCUCGAACAAGACAGCGGCACCUUCUACCGCGACCGCAACGCCGCUCGGUAUCCUUACCAUCCCUAUGAACCGGCCAUCGCCACUUUAUUGCAAACCAAGCCUUCGCUCGUCCCUGAUCUUGACAUUGUAGCAUGCGGCAGCACACUCGGCAACCUGCUCCGCUUCGUGCGCGGGCAGGACAAGGCCUUCCGGUUCUUGGUCGAGAAAGUCGGCAACACCAUCUUCUUCAUCCGCCGGGAGAAUUCCCCAAGAGAGAAAAUCCCUGAUGUCAGAGGCUACGGCCACACCUUUCCAAAAAGGUAUACGACCUGGGAAGAGGAUGCAAAAGGAUCCUGGGCGCAUCAGAGGCUGAUUACCUACCGGUUUGGUGGGUUGCGGUUUCUGGUGAGGUUCGAGGCCGAUGGGUAUUUGAGCGAGGAUGAUUUACCAAAGGCCAGUCCGACCCCAGCCGUUAAGGACAAACCCAUCACCAGCAUGGAAGAGCUGGAAGCAUUAGUCGCAGAGAUCGAUUUCAAUGACGUCUCGGACAUCGUGGAAUUAUUUAAGCCCGUUAAGCCCGGUUACAAGGGCAAGAAGUCAACCACGGCAGACACCCGCUUGAGCGAUUCCACGCCAUCUUCGUCCCCUCCGCCAUCCAUCCCCGAAUCCACAACACCUCCCCCACCACUCACCAUCCGCACCAGCGGCAGCUCCAGCUCCCCAUCCCCCAUUGUCCCCCAAGCACAAGUCUUUGACCUCAAAACCCGCUCCAUCAAGGCUCGUGAGAACAAGAACACCCUCGAGGAGGAACUCCCACGCCUCUGGGUCACGCAGAUUCCCAAUUUUGUUCUUGCCUACCACACGCGCGGCAGAUUCUUCCCCAAUGACAUUGAGAUCCGGGACGUGCGACCCGAUGUCAAGCGGUGGGAGAAGGAUCGAAGUGAUGAUAAGAUACUAGCAAAGUUGGCGGCGGUGGUGAGGAAGUUGGUAGGGAUGGUUGGGGAUUUGGAAGAGCAGUGGAAUGAGGAAGAAAUGGAAAGGAACGGGGAGGAAGUGGAAAAUGAUGAGGGUAAGGGGGGUGUGCCUUUGGAUGUGGAAAGCGAAGAGGACUCUGAUGAAGAGGACGAAGAAGGUGCUGAGCAUACUGAGAAUGAUGAUGAUGAUGAGAAUGUCCAAAAGGGCAAGGAAGCGAAAUCCACAAAAGGAAAGACCAAGACUUCAGACUAUGAAGGUGACAAACCAGCCACCAAGACGCCAACAUCCGUCCGAAUUGAAGUAGUCCACAGAUCAGACAACAUCGGCACCCUCGAAAUCCGACACCAAGGCUGGGAAGAAGCCAAAACCAGAGACAGAGAAGGCGAUGGCCGCGACGGCGUACUCUCCUACAAACUCAGGAAAGAAUGGAUCGCUGCUCAAACGGGUGCCAACAAGGAGAAAGACCCAGGCAAUGCUACCUCUGCAAAAGACAGCCCCACAGACGAGAGCGACAAUGACCGCAAGUCCGACCGCCGAAUAGUGUGUGUUCCUACCCCUUGGCAUGACAAUGUGGCCGACUACGACAACGACUACGGCUACGACGAGGAGUACGACUACGAAGAUCGCUGGCAACGCGAUUACGAAGACAGGGACGAAGAGGCCUGGGAUUAUACGGCUUGCUCGUCGCUUCAUUGUGGGAAUUGUGGGCGGUGCGAUUACUGA